UGUUUCAGUCGCUUGAAACGUUUGCUCAGUCGCACGCGCAGUUGCUUUCAAUUCAAAUUCAAAUAAUGUAUGGCCAUUCAAUUAUUUCUUGAUACUUGUCACUCAGCUACGCUCCGACAAGAUCGUUGUUGUUUUUAAUUAUAACUUAAGUUUGUUCUAAUUGUGUAUAGUUUUAUCACUAAGAACAACCAUGGACGGUCCCGCAGGACCAUCGCCAUGUCAGCUACGAAAGGGAAGAGACGAAACCACGGAACGAUUGAGCGCUAAUGACAGUGGCAGUUGUCAGAAUGACAGCUGUCAGUGUGACAGAACACAGAACGAAGUCAAAAUAAAUAGCAAGAGGUUUGGCAGGGGUGCGGUAGAAUCAGGUUUAACACACGAAUGCGGCGUGUUCGGCGCAAUCGGCACAGGGGAAUGGCCGACUCAAGUGGACGUAGCACAAGUUAUAUGCCUCGGGCUUGUCGCGCUGCAGCACCGAGGUCAGGAAUCAGCGGGUAUAGUGACGUCAGAGGGCAAGAGCGCGCGCACGUUCAACACACACAAGGGCAUGGGUCUUAUCAAUAACAUAUUCAAUGACGAAGCCAUGAGGAAGCUAAAGGGCAACCUUGGAAUUGGACACACGAGGUACUCGACAUCAGCCGCGUCUGAGGAGGUGAACUGUCAGCCGUUCGUGGUGCACACCGCGCACGGGGCGCUGGCCGUCGCGCACAAUGGCGAGCUCGUCAAUUGCAGCAGCCUACGAAAGAUGGUGUUAGGUCGAGGAGUGGGACUAUCCACACAUUCAGACUCCGAACUGAUCACACAAGCCCUGUGUCUCAACCCACCGGAGGGAGAGACCAAUGGCCCCGACUGGCCCGCUAGGAUCAACCAUCUUAUGAGGCUAGCCCCUCUAAGUUAUUCCCUAGUAAUAAUGCUCAAAGACAAGAUAUACGCAGUGAGGGAUCCGUAUGGCAAUAGACCUCUCUGCCUUGGCAAGAUUCUUCCAUUGGGUUCCUCAUAUGUCUACAAAUCGUCAUCAUCGAAGCAUGCGGCUGUCCUUAUGAAUGGUUCUGCGAAGAACGGCGUGGAGGACAGGGCUGAAGGCUGGGUCGUGUCAUCUGAAUCCUGUGGAUUCCUUUCUAUCGGCGCCCGCUACGUGCGCGAGGUGCUGCCCGGCGAGAUCAUCGAGAUGUCGCGGCACGGCGUGCGCACCGUGGACGUGGUGGAGCGCCCCGCCGACAAGCACCAGGCCUUCUGCAUCUUCGAGUACGUGUACUUCGCGCGGGCCGACAGCAUCUUCGAGGGUCAGAUGGUGUACUCGGCGCGCCUGCAGUGCGGCCGCAUGUUGGCGCGCGAGUCGCCCGUGGACGCCGACAUCGUGUCGUCCGUGCCCGAGUCCGGCACCGCCGCCGCGCACGGAUACGCGCGACAGUCGGGGAUACCCUUCAUGGAGGUCCUGUGCAAGAACCGAUACGUCGGCAGAACGUUUAUCCAGCCCUCCACGAGACUGCGCCAGCUGGGCGUCGCUAAGAAGUUUGGUGCGCUGUCGGAGAAUGUGCGCGGGAAACGGAUCGUGCUCAUAGACGACUCGAUCGUGCGAGGAAACACGAUCGGACCGAUUAUCAAGUUGUUGAGGGAUGCGGGAGCGGCUGAGGUACACAUAAGGAUAGCAUCCCCGCCCCUCAAGUACCCAUGCUAUAUGGGCAUAAAUAUACCAACGAGAGAGGAGCUCAUUGCUAACAAAAUGGACUCAUUUAAACUCGCCGAACAUGUCGGUGCUGACAGUCUCGAGUACCUCAGCGUGGAGGGUCUUGUAAGCGCGAUCCACUACAACAUGAAGGUGACGCCCAGCGACGGAGUGGGCGGCCACUGCACCGCGUGCCUCACCGGGGAGUACCCGGGCGGCCUGCCCGAUGACGUCGACUGGUGAAAAUAGAACUAAUUCUGUUUGGAGUAAGGAGCAGUUUCUCGUAACAUAAGUGUAGCAAUGACGUCGUUUUCGGCGGUACUAUUAGUAAGUACGGAGCGAUAUAAUAAGGUCUACAGAGCAAAAACAAACGUGGAAUUGUUAUGUUUACUUUUCCUUUACAUACAUAAUUGUAGUACAACAGAAUACUUAAUAAUAUUUCCAGAAAGUUUUUAUAUACUCUGUGGAAGUCCAUAGAUAUUUUUGAAAAGUACACAAGAUAUGUUGUGAAAUAGUUACAUGGUAUGUUUGUAGGUUAUAUAGUAAUAAUACGGUAAACAAUAUAAAAAAAGAAUACCUCUUAUUUGAAUAUCAUAUAAUAAUACUCAAAUAUUGCAAAAUAGAAUACCGAAACUCUUAUAUGAUAAUGCAAUAAAUCUGGUAGUAACAUAUUUCUGUCCUUUGCAUUGGGUACCAUUCAUUUAUUACGUAAGACUAUUUUCGCUAUUUAUUGACCCCCUCCCCCCCUAAUAUAAGAAAAAAUAAGAACUGGCCGACCCCCUCCCUCCCUGUUUAAUAUUUAUUUCGUAAGAAUCUAAAGGAGAAAAUGAAUACAUAUUUGGUUUAUUUUACUGUUUAUUUUUCAAAGUAACAACUUUUUGAAAUGUGUUUAUUUGUAAUUUCAAAUAUUCUAAAGGUACGCAUCCGAACGAACCUCAGCAAUCGCGUGGUUUCCCGCGUUUUUUCAAAUAAUUUUAAUUUUUUUGAUCUUACGUAAGAAUUAUCGAAACUCCUUCCCCUCCGAAAUCGUCUUACGUAAUAAAUGAAUGGC